AUGCACAGCAUUUUAUUCGUUGCACUCGUCUUGGCCACGAGCCUGACUGGAGUCUCUGCCCUCCCUGGCCCUCUACGACUUGCCAAUGCGUUUUCUCUUAUCUCCAACGAGCUCAGAAACACUAGCCUUGGGAACUGCACCUUGGCGAAUGCAAACCUCCCGUUGAGCUACACCAAGAUCGUGCUCCCUGAUCCGUCAUCGCAUCUGACUCUUAAGUACAUUGCCGUGGGUCGCGGAACUCAAAACUACUCUUGCCCAUCUACGGAUAAAUUUUUCCGAGACAAGGCUGCUCCCACAGCAAUAGGUGCAGCAGCCACUCUUUUCGAUACUUCCUGUGUUGCUUCCACCUCAAUGACUCUGCUUCAUGAGCUUCCUGCGGUUGCUGCCCGCACUCCUCUAGGAUCUCUAUCUUUUAUGGCGGAGAUGGUGAGCAGUACGACAAAUUCUUCUGACCUUAUCAUUGGUGAACAUUAUUUCGAUGCCGCUGGCGAGCCUUUCUUCACCUUGAAACUUGGUGGGGAUGAUGACUGGAUGGUUGGCGAGAAGAAUGCAUCGGUCUCAGCUCCAGCAAGGGUGUAUGGCCCCAAGCCUGAGAGCAAAGAUGUUGCUUGGCUGCGACUUGUGCGCAAGAAGGGGAAAGGUAUCCAAGUGAGUAUCUUGUGGACUAACAUAACCACAAUAAGAUAUUUGCUGACCGAAUACGAGGAGGUUUAUCGAGUUGUGACUUUUGGAGGAAGUGCCCCGUCGACCUGUGCUGGCUUGGACGAUACUGUCAUCGUAGAGUACGCUGCUGAGUACUGGUUUUAUGGAUGA